AUGUCCGGGCCCCCAGCCCGCGGAGACGAGGGGACCACCUUCCAGCACCUGUGGAGCUCCCUGGAGCCGGACAGCACCUACUUUGACCUGCCCCCCGCAAGCCAGGGCCGCAGCGAGGGGGCGUGUGGCGCGGAGGCCAGCAUGGACUUCCAGCUGCCGGGCAUGGCUGCCCCAUCCGUCAUGGUGAGCGCUGCCGUCUCAGAGGAGGGGGCGGCAGUGAGUGUGGACUGUCCUGUCCUCGGAGCCUGCGGCAAAGGGAACAGGCUCCCUGCGUUCUCCGGGG